AUGUGCGAAUCACUUGACCCGUCUGAUAAUCGCAUACCGUCGUCCAAUGAUAGUAGCGGAAAGGUAGUUUUUAGAAAAUUAGAAAGAGACGGAAAUAGUGUCGGGAUCGGGAGUCGCGUCGUUUCAUCGUCAGAACGAGAUCUCGAAAAUUGUUUUGACGGAUUGCAAAUCAACGGGAAUUCUUCUUCUUCGUCUUCUUCGAUAAGGGAAAAAAUCAACGAUAACAAUGAUAAAAUUAAUGCGUCGUCAUACGUCAAACCGACGAAUCCUUUCGAUACGACAAACGAAAGGAUCAAAAUGUCCGCGGCGGUGGCGUCGGCGAAAAGGCCGAACACGCUCUGUACCGGAUUUUCACCUUUGUCGGUUCCUCCGGUUCGACGGAGACCUGCGAGCUCCUAUAUAUCUUCCGGUAUAUCUUGCAUGACUCCUGUGUCGACGACUCCGUCGAGUUAUAAAAAUGAAAAAUUUUAUCAGAGACCCACGAGUUUGUAUUCCAGUGCGACUCCGAAAAUCGUGACUACCAAUCACCAGGGGAAUUUUCGAAGCGUGCAAAACACUCCGACGACUCCGCAAAAAUAUAACGCACCUAGAAAAUUAUCGCUUUACUCUUCCGGUUUUCAAACGUGGAACCACAAUCCCGAGAGUAACAAUAGACCGGCAAGUUUUUGCGGUUCCGUGUCGUCGGGUAAUUUUUACACGUGGUCAUCAUCGUCGAGUUCUAAAAAUUUCGGUCCCAAGAGACCCAGAAGUUUCGGUCCGGAUUCUUUAGGUUCUAUUUCGACUUCGAACAAUGGUCCCAAAUCGUUGCCCUCUUCCAUCAGCGAUUACAUGUUGCUAUCAUCCAAAAAAAAGACUGAUCCCUUUCAUCCUCCUACUCCUUCUCCUCUUUCCGCUCAAAGGAGACUCUCGUUACCCUCGGCUCAAGCUCAACUUCGGCCGAAAUUCAAUUCCGCCAUACACGGUUUACCCUUUCGACCGUUCACUUGCGGCGUGUCACCGAACGGAACUCCGAUAUUUUUAGGAUGCACUCAUUUGCAUCCUUCGCCGAGUCCGGUCAAACCGAGAGCCGUGACACCGACAACGUCACAAGCCAUCCAACAACUUCUUCUCCAGUCUCGAAACGGAUAUCAGAGUCCCGAUGAUAAAAUGUCAUUGUUUUUCGAAAUUCUCGACAGUCAGGAAAGAUUCGUAAAGGUGUUACACGCGUUCGUGGUUUGUGUGGGUGUGCGUGUGUGCGUGUGCGGCUGGAGAUCAAGUCCAGAAAAUCCGUGUAAAACAUUAAACAAAAUUAAAUACGACGGUAAACAAAAAAUGGGAUGCGGGGUAGCGACGACGCCUUUUUUGGUUUUUCUUACUAAUUUGAAAUAA